CAAGAACGGCCAGUGCAGCUGAGGCCGAGAGGCGAGAAUAGACAUGUCUGUCAUUCUCGCCAAAUCGUUUAAUUCACCCAAAGUGGCUUCGUAACACAUCCAAAAACGCGAUUACGUACUUCCGGACGACCGGAAACGACCACUGAAGAUGGUGUUGACGUCUUUGGACAUCCAACCGAUAAAUAAUCAACAGAUAAUCAGUGUUGACAAAGUACAUCAGUGCCUGUGUCGUUGACCUCCAAGAACAAUCUUAUUUCACUUUGGUGGAUCACCAAAGCAACGUGGGGGUCUAUCACAAAGUUAUUUCGAUGCCUAACGAAGACUCCUACACCGCCAAAACGCUGGAGGGCACUAAAUUGAGGUGUCCGGCGCCGAUCACCCGCCUCCGGGUGGAGAAAAUCGAAGGGGGCCUCAUGGUAGCCGGAGUCGUCGUGGCCGCCAAUUGUCAGAUUAUUUUACCAAUUUUUGGAUUUCUAUUCCUGCUGGUUGGCUGUGUUUUGACCGCUGCGUCCUACCGUGGUCCCGGGGAAGACGAAGAGCCCGACCACUAUGCAGCCCGGAUUGCAUUUACGGGUAAUUCCCGGAUUUUAGGACCAGCUUGUAUAGUUGUCGGUGUGUUAAUGUUAGCCGCUGGUUUUGUAUUAUGUGUUUUGACUCGAAGAGCUCGAAGAAGAGAACAAACCAUCGGCUUUCACUGCCCCCUCCAUGGAGAUUUCUACCCCCUUAGCCCCAUAACUAGCUCAAGAACAAUAGCCGCUAUUGAAAAGGGUGGCAAUACAUGUUUAAUGUGUUGGCCUCGUAAAAGAGGUCCGGGUGCUAUUGCAGUGGGUCCUCCUCAAUGUCCUCACAGUCAGGUCUCGAGCACGAGGAGUUCUCUAGCUAGUUCGCCUCAUAGUCAGUGCCCCACGCCGUUACCGUUCCUCGUUACUUCAGGAUCCGUUGGUGGCCUAGUCCCGGUGACGGCACAGUUAUCGCCAGAUCAACCCUUUGGGUCGAUUCGAUCGUUGGCAGCUGGCCGAGAAGUGGCUAGUUUUCCUCUAUCGCGGACGCCUACGCCGCCCCCUUCAGCGUUUGAGAGAUUAGGAAGUCCGAAUCUAGUCCAAGUCCCUGACGAAGAGAAGCUCGUGGAGUCAAAUUUCGACCGAGUGGCCCGAAGUGGUCCUCGAAAAUCGGUUUCGAUUGUAUUACCGUCGGGGGACAAAGGGUGACCGGUUGAUUAAAGCAAUCAACAUUCGCGGAACCAAGUGUUUUUUCACAAAAUCCAGACUAUAAAGACAUUGUCAUCUUUUUUAUCGAAUUUUGUUGUGUGUUUAGCAUGUUUAGUGUCAUUAAUGGCAUUGUAUUAGACUGACGUGUUUUAUUGAAACCUUUGUCAAUGUUGGACGGUUCCACGAGUUUGGCUUUUUGCCUAUAAACGUGCUCUAACGAGCUAAAUUCUAGUCUGGACAAGACUAAAUCAAUCGCAUUGACAAUGGGUUAAAUUCUGUGAUUCAGAUCAUGUUAUACGUAAUUUUUUUGCAGUAGCUUAUUUGUUUCACAUGAAAUUUGAUAUGUGGGACAUCAUCACAAUAUCAUGUGUACCAAAACGGCUGUUUUUCCCCGUUAGUCGCUUCUAUAGUUGGCGCAAACGAUUAGUUUUUCUCAAUUUCUUCAUAAUAUAUUUUGUGAACAAAAUUGACGAAAUAUUUAUUCCUUUUUUGCCACAGUAAGAGAAAGUUUGUAGUAGAUGCACAAGACUGAUUUAUUUAAAACGUAUUUUUGUUUUUACAUUGUUAACAUAUCAAACAUAUCGAAAGGAAUAAAUAUUUCAAACACCCAAUCCGUACUUAGUUUGCAAUGAGAUGACUAGAAAUUUUUUAUCCGUCCUUGAGUGCCAAAAUUCAACAAACAACCAAUUCGAAACGUUUUCAUUUCAUUUAAGAUUCAUUCAUCUCAUUGCAAUUUUUUUGUAUAUAUGUUAUACGCCUAAUUUUUAUUCAUUUAGCUUUCUGUUGAGAAAAAGCUAAAUAAUAAAAAUUGAAAUUAUUUUGUAGUACGACAAGUGAUAUGUAUUAUGUAUAAUUAGAUUAUAUGUCGAGGCUGAUUACACUUUAAGAUUUAGUUUUAGGAUAAAAUGUUUUUACUCAACGUGUAUAUUAUACAAUUUAAUUGUUAACAAAGUAAUGGCUCUAUUUCACUUGCUCAUUCUUUUAAAAUAAGUUGUAAAACCAAGAGAUUACAGCUAAAUGAUCUUUAUUCUAUACAUAAAUUCAAUGUAUUGAUCAAUAAAUAGAUUAAAUGUA